AUGGUUAAUAUACAAGCAAGUCCCAGAUCGGGGAAAGAAAACCCAUCAAGCAGUGGCCGACCAGAAGAAAAACUCAAGGUUUAUGAAAAACUAAUGGCUAAAAAAUGGGAUAAUCAAGAUGGUUCUUUUAAUGUGGAAUUAAAGGAACAAGUAUUGGUCCGGGACCACCCGACUAGAAGGACCGGGUAUGCUGCGAGGUACAGGAAUAAGGUCUCCUCAUCAAAGCAGCCGAAUGAUAUGCGAGGCGUUGGUGAUUAUCCAGAUGGAGGUUGGUCCAUAAGGGUCGCCUCAUCAAAACAACCGAAUGAUAUGCGAGGCGCUGUUGAUUAUCCGGAGGAAGGUCUGUCCAUAAGGGUCGUCUCAUUAAAGCAGCCGACUGAUGUGCCAGGUGCUGCUGAUUAUCCGAUAGCAACUGAUUAUUUCACCAAAUGGGUAGAGGCAGUCCUUUUGAAGAAUGUGACACAGAAAGAAGUGAUUGAAUUCCUACUUAAUUACAUUAUUUAUCGGUUUGGGAUUCCUCACACUCUUACGACCGAUCAGGGUUUAAUGUUUACCGGAAAAAAAUUCAUUGAGUUUUUUACCGAAUUCAACGUCAAAUUGCAUCAUUCUUCGCCUUACUACCCGCAGGCGAAUGGAUUGGCUGAAGCAGCAAAUAAAAUCGUCAUCGGCAUCAUCCGGAAAAUGGUUGAGGGAAAUCCAAGGAAAUGGCAUACAUUGUUGCCUCAAGCAUUGUGGGCCCACCGAAAUAGUAGGAAUACUUCUACUGGAUUUUCUCCCUACCAACUCACAUUCGGGUAG